AUGUGGCCCGCCGCCGCCGCUGCUGCAGCAGCUGCUGUCAGCAACAAUCACCACAAUCACCACGACCACCACAACAUCCAUAGCACUGCUGCAUUCAAUAGGAGUAGCAGCACCAACAAUGAUUAUGAUACGCAUAGAGAAAGUACGAGUAAUGUGGACGUUAGUCACAGCCAUACAGGCAGUAGUACGAGCAGCAGCAGCAGCAGCAGCAGCUUACUGAAUUACAACAGUCAUAACAAUAGUAGUAAUGACAUUGGAAAUGGGAGUAACGUGCAGCAUUUCAAUGGCGAAGCAGGUGUGGGCAUGAUAAGCGGAGUGGGUAGCUAUGGAAGUGGGUUUUUCGGCGCUGCAGCCACCGGUGUGGUAGGAAGUUCAACAUCGGCGGCUAGUGACUACAGCAGCAGUAGUACCAGCUGUUUUUACGCCCCCAAUACUGCACAGGGAGCACCAACGGCUGGUGUUGUUAAUCCAACAACAAUGUUGUCCAAUUACUGUGACGCAGCUAUGAUGAUGGCAGCGGCGGCGGUGAAUGCCAAUCAAUGCCUUCAACAACACCACCGAAUGUUGCUCGCCAAUAGCGCUGGCAGCAGUCACAACCUCGCGAACGGUCACAAUAGCCACGACUGCACUGACGAUAUUGACGGAGCCGGCGGUACAACUGUGAACAGAGACGCGAUCAUGCCAGCCACAUCCAUAUCGGCAGUGACAUCACCGACAACUUCGACGGCAACCACGAGCGCUUCUGGCCCAAUGUCUACUGUCAAUUCAGCCGCCACUAGCAUCAGUCAACAAUACCAGCAGCAGACCCAACGCUGCCCCUCAAAUGCGCAUCCACCUGCCCAGCCACAUAUGCACAUCCACGACCUCCAGGGGCAGCAACAACUGCAAACGCAGCUGGCAUCGUCACCAAACCUAAUCGAUAUCAGCGAAGUUCCUCUCGUUGUCGACGUCAAGUAA